CAUCAGCUGUUGUUGUGAGGGAGGUGUUGGGUGAACAAUAGAUUUAUUCUGGGUUUUAAGCAGUGUUUUAUUAAUUUUUUCUCCCCUUCGGAUGUUUCCUCUGAGAACCUCAGACGGAAUUCGGGGUUGACUAAUUAACAAAAGGCGACACCUUGACCAUUAAUUAGACUUAUUUUUUAUUGUCCGUGAUGGCGAUCGCCUCCGUAGCCACAGAGUACGUCUUCUCGGACUUUUUAUUAAAGGAUGCCACGGAGGCCAAGUACAAAGGAGUCCGUCUGGAUUUGGCUUUGGACAAAAUAGUCACGUUUCUAGCGGUGGGGCUGCCUUUGUUUCUCAUCUCACUCGCUUUUGCUCAAGAGGUGUCUGUAGGGACACAGAUCAGCUGCUUUGCUCCUGCUAACUUUUCCUGGAAACAAGCUGCUUACGUGGACUCCUUCUGCUGGGCAGCAGUGCAGCAACAGGCGGGCAGCUCACAGUUAUGGCUACAUAAGUUCUUUCCGUACAUCCUGCUCUCACUGGCCAUCCUCAUGUACAUCCCCGCCCUGAUCUGGCGUUUCACAGCAGCUCCACACCUCUCGUCUGACCUCAGCUUCAUCAUGGAGGAGCUGGACCGCUUUUAUAACCGUGCCAUCAAACUGGCCAAAAAUCUGGCUUCACUAGACAGCAAAGCUGCAACCCCGGAAGACCAGAGUGCUUUGGAGGUGACCGAGAGCUGCUUUAAAUACCUGCUUGUGGAACAGUAUUUAAAGACCAAGCGCUCCUCUCACAGCCUGGUGGUGAAAUACGUGGUCUGUCGGGUCCUGACUCUGGUGAUCCUCCUGCUGGCAUGCCUCUACUUGGGCUACUACAUCCUGCAGGCRUCUCUCACCGAUGAGUUUCCCUGUGACCUGCGGACCGGAGUUCUGAAGAACGACAGCGCGGUGCCGUCGGCCGUCCAGUGCAAGCUGGUGGCGGUGGGCGUCUUYAGGCUGCUCAGCUACAUCAACCUGGGCGUGUACGUGCUGCUCGUCCCGUUGGUGGUGUACGCGGCUUUCGGGCCAGCUCGGCAGAGCUCCAGCUUCCUCCGGCCGUAYGAGAUGCUGCCUGGAUUUGGUGCUUUGGGUGUGAUCAGACCCGUCUACAACGACCUCAGCGUCUAUCUCAUGUUCCUGCAGGAGAACCUGAGUGAACUCAAGUCUUUUAAGUGUCUGCAGGUUCUGGAGUUGCUGCAGCAGRCUGGCGAUGAGGGCUUUGACACCAUGUGCCUGCUGCAAACCCUGGGCCAGGUGAAGACCGACGUGUUAGAUAGUCAGAAGAUGCACACAAACAAUGAAGAAAUAAAGAAACCCAAAGAAUAAACUAGCUGAAGUACGGAGCAAUCGUUAACCCUUUUAGAGAUGAUCUGUUGUUUAUAUACAUGAGGAAAUGAAUGAGAAACUAUAUCUUCUGCUUCUGUUUUCUUUCAKAUCACACUGAAAUGUUUCUGAGCAAUUCAGGUGACGACGAUGAUAAACCCUGCUCAGAUGGAAGAGAACAGUAAAGAGAAACUGUGCACUUAUUUUAUCUGAGAUGCUGGAUGUUUAUAGAUUCACAACACUGUAACUCCAAUGAGAAUGAGUGUUGUUUUUUUAUUUGUAUUAUUUAUAAUGUUUUACAAUUUCAAGAUCAWUUAGGUGUUCUGUAGCUACCAAUCUUGUUUGUAUGAAAAUAGUUUCCAAUGAUUCUCUUGUUUUUAUUUUAUAGUACACACUACUUUUAUAUGAUUUAAAUGGUCAUUUGAUCAAAGUCGUGUUGUUUCUACUGAAAGCAGAAYAUUAAAUAGCCUGCAUCAUACCUCCAACGAUAAAACAGUUUAAAAUAAAUGGUAGAAGUGUUUUUGUUUCUUAGCUAUAAAAUGUGAGGAAAAAUGGUUUCAACAUAUGAAACGCUGCUGGUUAAAGGGGAUUUUCUGUGUGCGGUUUUCAUAAUUUCUCAAAGCCUCAAAUAUUUCAUAAAGUCUAAAGACAUACAUGAGCAUGGUCAUACUAAAUUGGCUCUAUGCAUGAACAUUUUCURUAUUGUUUGUUGAAAUUGAUUGGGGAAAGAUCUGAUCAGCUUUUGCAAUGUUAAAGAGAUUUGUGCUUUUAUGUGUACAAAUAAGAGCAGCCAUAAAUUGCAUAUGUGUGUUCUUGGGUAGCUAUGAUGAAAGGAUGACUAUUUCUUUACUAACCUUACAGCCAUGUAAAAAUGUUUUAAAAUUACUUUAUAUAUAGUAAUGAAAACUAAUAACUAAUAAAGUUACAAUAUAUUGAACAUAAAUUGUAUCAAAUGGUGCAGUUUUCUCCUGUAUUUUUCCAGAUAUAUUGACAUGCAAUGCUGAAAUGCAGGUACGCACUCAAGGUAAACAAAACAUUUUUAUCUGCAUACUUAACUCUAUGAAUCUGUGCAUAAAUACAAACAAAUACAUAAAAAA